GUUGAUUGAUUUAAAUAAUUUAUGUGAACCUUGGUCAUAAAAUAUAAUUUAUGCAUUAUUCCGAAGUCAUAAUGGCGGAAAGUAUGCCUACACCAACAAAGAUUUCUUCUAGAAAUCCGGUUUGCAGACUCUGCGGUGAUUCUCGCGAGAGUCGUCAUAUGCUUCGAAUAUUUAGCAAAGCUGGUUCAUCAAAAGAUCUGUGUGCAAAAGUCCAUAAAACCUGUGGUAUAACUAUUUUUGAGGACGAUACGAGAUCAAAGAUCGCAUGUCGGAGUUGCGUUACAUUCGUAAACAAGAUGGAACAGUUUAUUCAGAGAGCUCAAUCCAUGGACAAUAUGUCGUCCGAUCAAAGUUCUGAAUAUGCUGUAAAGAGAUGUGUACAACUUUCACCUUCUUCGCUUCAGCCGUCGAAACGUGUAUCAAAGAAUUUGCCAUGCGAAAGCUCAUGCGUCACCUCAGCAGAUGAGCUGUCGAAGCGAAUCACACCAAAAAAAUCUGCAAAGCAGCUUUCCUUCUCAACUCCCCAAGUUGCGACUGUUUUAACGCCUAUAUCAUCAGGAGAUAGCUUCAAAAUAACUUCUAUUGAUCAGGCGAAGCGAACAACAUCAAUUUUUGCAAAACAGCCGUCUUUCUCAACUCCCCAAGAUGCUAGUGUUAUUGCCACGUCUACAGGACAUGAUUGUGCAGCCACUUCGGUGGAUCAGUCGUCGAGGCUAACAACACCAAGGUCUGAAGGGCAGCCAUUUUUUUUAACUCGGCAAUCUGUUCUAAGGCCUAAAUCAAUAGGAGAUAAUGAUUGCACCUCAUUAGAAGCUCAAUCGUUAUUGACUGAAAGACAGCAGAAAAUGAUUCUACAAGCUGUCAGUAACAGGGAUGCAACUGUGUUGACGGCUAUCUUGAAAGAUUACUGUCCAAGUGUUGUGGACGAGUUAAAAAAGACCAGCAGUGAGGAGUUGAAAACGUCGUGUGCAAAGCUGUGCAAACGUUCGCAAGGUUCCGUUUUAUAUGGAAAUGAAUUUGAGAGCAUGAACAGUUUCGAUUUCAAUAAAAUUUGGGUCGAAUUGAAGACGAACCACCCUUAUCUUGUCGAGAUUAUGAACGCAGUGUCUGGCAAAGAGAAGUCCGUCUCAGACACAAAGCGUGAGCUUCAAGUAAAGUACAGUUUUCUGUACUCGAUCCUCAUGAACGAGAGAUGGCACGAACUCAACCUGGUGAAACGUGUGAAUACAGUUCUCAUCAAUGAAGGUGGAUGUACCAAAAAGCUUCAAGAACGACUGAACAAACUUGGUGUGUGCCUAUCAUCUGGGAGAAGGGACACCCUGCUGAAGCUCUUAGGGGGUCAUUUUUCAGACAAAGUGGUUCAGCAAGUAAAGAGAGGUAGUGUGUUCCGAGGCACUGGUGACAACUGGGACCUGAAAAUUUUGAAAGGGCACAUGAGAAAGGAAAUUCAGAAUGAGGAUCUACACUUAUUUGCCAGUAACUUGAUUGAGAACCGAAUUAACUUCAAUCACUUGCCUAAUGACAACCCUAAAGGAAACAUCAAAGAUUUCCCUCGAUAUAAUUUUUCCUUGAAUGUUCCUGAAUGGAAACGUUAUGCAGAAUGUGCCACAAUUAUUUUUGGUAGAAUUGUUCUUGAGUUUUUUCCCAAAUUUAAGUUUUUGAAAUCUGUUAUACCAGAUCACAUUCCUCAUGAGUACAGCCAGCAAAUGUCACAGAAGUCUACCAUAGUAAGUUUGCCAAUCAUCAAUGCAAAUGAAGCAAAGUAUGAUGAUUGUGUUCACAUAUUAAGAACUUAUGAAAAGUGGAUUGCUGAAAUCUAUGUUCAAGCAGGGUUGCUAGAUGAACUGCCACACACUGACAAUCCACUGAUUCCCGACGGGCCUGCAGCAUCUGGACAGACAAAUGCGCACCAACCAGACACCCAUGAUGAUGCAAUGAGGGAGAUGAAGAUUACAUUUGCAGGUGAUCAGCUCACUCGGGUCAGAUUUGCAGGUGCCAAAGAUCUGCUAUCUGGUUCUCACACAGCAGCUGAUCGUUUUGAACAUUGCUCACCUUUUAAACCAGUAAUGUGGCAUACAAAAGCAUCCCUUCUGCAGUAUUCUUACUCGUUUCUUCACAAAGCUGAGUCUGUGAAUCAAGUUGGCACCUUAAAGUACUUCAGAGAGAAGUACAAUAGGAGGAAUGCUACCCCAUCCAAAGUUCUUGACUCCUAUGAAGGAAGUGAAGAGUUGUUCCUCAGCGUGGGGAAAGCUUACAUCAUAACAGCUGCCCUGAACUUUUUUGGGAUGUCAGACCUAGAGGACACUCCCUCAGCACAUAAAUUCCCAGAAAACAUUGCACAUAAGAGCUCAGAAAACAAGAAGAAGUACUUUGAUGAUGCUUUUGGAAAGUUCACUGACAAGUUCCUAUUACAGAAAGUAGAUGUCAAUGACUGUGACGAUGAAGAUGAUUAUAUAAGAAAUUAUGCCCUUUGUUGUAUUUUCCUGGCUACUCUUGUCAUGCAGAUGAAGGACACUGCAGGGGAGGGAGAUGGCAACAGAAAUCUCAUCAACCAAAAACUUUUGCUGUCAGUUUUCAAGUCUAUGGGGGCUUACAGCAAAUAUGCUAUUGAAAUGUUUGUGAGUAUAGCUCAGAUUGAGUGCCUGCUAACCCCACGCUUAUCUGAACAGUUCAAAUGGGGAUUUUUUGUUAACUGGAGGGGUGGUGCCGGAAAGAAUAUUGAAGAUGAUUUGGCCCAAGAAAUUUCAAAUAGAUGCAGUAAACACAUUGUCCAAAGGCAGGGACCAAACAAGAGUCUAAACUCAAUUAGCAAGGUCUGUAAAGCAACUACUGGCAUCCAUCAGAUUGUAGAGCAGUUUGACUCAUCUGUGGGCAUCCAUAAGACAUCUGUGCAACAUACAAUGUGCAACUCACUUAAUGAUGAGAAAGAAAUGGUGAAUGACCUAUUGCAUUUGAAUCCUUUUAAUCAUGUGCCUGGAAGAAGUCAUGACAGCUUCCCUGACAUUAAAAGGUCUCCCUUAAGGUAUUUGAACAUUGUUGACUAUCAUCAGUGGCUGGCCAAACACAUGGGAGAAUUAUCAACCUAGAUACUACUGAGGAUGAUUGUAGUUAUUCACUGACUAUUGAAUCGCCAAAUUCUGCACAAUACAAGUAGUAAUGACGUAACUGACCUCUCUUAGACCCUUAUCUUUCAGUUAAGACUAGUGAGCCACUGAAUUUCUGCUGAGAUCGAUAUUUAUGGGUUACUGACCAAGUGCAAGGUCGUGAUGGCUGGGUAUUAGCCACUUUCUUUUUUUGUCUUUUUUUUGCAUGUUUAUGGACUGAGAUGGAGUAAAGCUCCAUAAACAGAUUUCCAGUAUCCAGCCAUCUUGAAAGAACAGGCUAGGUCAAUUUUGGAUUUAUUACAUGGGUUUUAAGGAAGUUUCGUGCAGGACACAGCAGUUAAUCACAAGUGGGUUAGAAAGUGCCAUCUUGCCUGCUCACCAAGCUAGUUCUAUAAUUAUAUCGUUGAAUGAAAUAUAUAUACCGUAAGACACUGACUUUUAGUUAAAACAGCUGAAUCUCUGAAUUUAGCAAAAUACAAGUAGUAAUGCCUUACUUAACAUCUCUGGGAUCCUGAAUUUUUAUUAAAGACAAGUGAGCCAUUAAAUUUCAGCUGAGAUGUUAUGGCUUUUAUGAGGAUAGCCAAUAACCUGAAAAAAUAGCAAUAACACUACUAGUACUGUGUAGUGUUGUGCUAUUCAUGGAUCAUAAUCAAAAACUGAUAAGACUUAAAGUGAUGUGGCAGUUGAUCAUGCUUGAUAUAUAAUCAAUUAUUUUGGGAAACUGAAAAAUUUAUUGCAGUCAACUUAGAACAAAUAAAACUAGGGUGUUUCCUUUCUCUAGGACCAACAUAACAGCAGAUUUAAUCCAUUAAUAUGUCCUAUUAAUUGUGUGAAUUGUACCUUGUUUACUUGUAGCUUAUGAGUUCAAUAUGGUAAACAUUUAGCAAAAUCUGCAAGUAUCGUGGUAAAUAAGAAAUCUUAUCUUAGUAAAUAAGAAAUUUAUCUUGGUAAAUAAGAAAUUAUUUUCGCUUUUACAAUGUGACAAGGUCCUGUUUAUAAGGAAAAUAUGUGGGGUACUUAUCAGCAGACUCAUCCAAUUGUCAUUGAUGGCUGGUUGGUAAGGACAGUGUGUGUGCUUAUUUCCAAUGACCUACUACAAAAUCUCAGCAGAUUUCCAACAUUAGUACAUGUAAUAUGGGGUUCACAGAUCCUUGUGAAGUUUGUGUACUAACAAACUUUAAAAGGUAAACAAUCUGAUCAGUACCAUGGUAGCAACAGAGAUAAUUAAUAUCAAAA